GUGUCAUUUAAGUCAUCUGUGUCAUAUGCUUGUGUCAAACUUGUGUCAUAUGUGUAUUUUUAUUUUCAAAUUGGAAAUUAAAUUUAUUUAAUUUUGCUGCAGUUUGUUUAAUAUUGAAGCCUUUUUUUAAUUUAUAACUGGUUUGUUCGUUUGUAUUAACUAUAAGUUAUGGGCAGUGAUAAGAAGCGUCGCUCUAGAAGUAAGGAGAGAAGCGAAAAAGAUAGAGAAAAGAGGCGAAAAUCGCGUUCUAAAAGUAAAGAAAGAUCGCUUAAAAGACACAGAUCUAGAUCAAGAGAUAGGUAUGAGAGACGCGAUACAAAAGAGGACAGGAACGAUAGAAGAGAAGACAAACUAGAUAGGAAAGAUGACUUUAAAACCGAUAAGGAUAAGUACCGAGGAGAUAGAGAUCGAAAGGAUGAACGUAAAGAAGAAAGAGAAAGGAAAUUAAAAGAUCUUAAGCAAGAAGAAGAUAUUAAACCAGAUGUCAAAGGACAAGUUAAAGAGGAAUCAAUCAAAAAAGAACCAUUGUCAUUAGAAGAAUUGUUAACUAAAAAGAAAGCAGAGGAAGCAGCAAAGAGUAAACCUGUAUUUUUGACUAAAGAGCAAAGAGCAGCUGAAGCAUUAAAAAGAAGACAGGAAGAAGUUGAUAAACAGCGUAAACUCCAAGAGGAAGAGAGAAAAAUUAUACAAACAAUACAAGUAGUGAGAAAUCAAGAUGAUAGAAAAGAUGAUAGAGAUAGAGACAGAAGAGGCAGAGAUAGGGAGAGGGAAGAAGAGAAACAGAAAGACAAGGAUAAGGAAAAGGAGCAAGAUGCUAUUAAAGAACGUUAUUUGGGUUUGAUCAAGAAAAAGAGAAGAGUGAGAAGAUUGAAUGACAGGAAAUUUGUUUUUGAUUGGGAUGCCGGGGAAGAUACUUCCCUUGAUUAUAAUCCUUUGUAUAAAGAAAGACAUCAGGUACAAUUUUUUGGAAGAGGUAAUUUAGCAGGUAUCGACAUUAAGGCACAAAAAAGAGACCAAAGCAAAUUCUAUGGUGAAUUAUUGGAAAAAAGAAGAACAGAAGCUGAAAAAGCUCAGGAAAAAGUGAGACUGAAGAAGGUGAAAAGAAAGGAGGAGAAACAAUUGUGGGAUGACAGACAUUGGUCAGAAAAAGAAAAAGAAGAGAUGACUGAAAGAGAUUGGAGAAUUUUCAGAGAAGAUUAUAAUAUUACAAUUAAAGGUGGAAAAAUUCCUGAGCCAAUCAGAAACUGGAAGGAGUCAGGAAUUCAGAAAGAAGUUUUGGAAAUUAUUGAUAAAAUUGGUUAUAAAGAACCCACUCCUAUUCAAAGGCAGGCCAUACCGAUUGGUAUGCAAAAUCGGGAUAUUAUUGGUGUAGCUGAAACAGGUUCUGGUAAAACAUUAGCAUUUUUGAUUCCUCUACUUUCCUGGAUCCAAUCCCUACCAAAAAUCGAAAGAAAUGAAGUAGCUGAUCAAGGACCUUACGCCAUCAUUCUCGCGCCUACUCGUGAAUUGGCACAGCAAAUUGAAGAAGAGAGUGUCAAGUUUGGUCAGCCUCUGGGAAUAAGAACUGUAGUUGUUGUUGGAGGUUUGAGCAGAGAAGAACAAGGUUUCAGGUUGAGACUGGGAUGUGAAAUAGUCAUAGCUACACCCGGUCGUUUGAUUGAUGUGUUGGAAAAUAGAUAUCUUGUUUUAAAUCAGUGUACUUACAUUGUACUGGACGAGGCAGAUCGUAUGAUAGAUUUAGGUUUUGAGCCGGAUGUGCAGAAGAUCUUAGAGUAUAUGCCUGUAACGAACUUGAAGCCUGACACUGAAGAAGCUGAGGAUAGUAAAUUGCUAUUGGCAAAUUAUAACAGCAAAAAGAAAUAUAGACAGACGGUGAUGUUUACGGCUACUAUGCCACCUGCAGUUGAAAGGUUGGCAAGGACGUAUCUUAGACGUCCAGCUGUGGUAUAUAUCGGUUCGAUUGGUAAACCUACCGAAAGAGUGGAACAAAUCGUGCACAUUAUCGGCGAGAACGACAAAAGACGCAAACUUAUGGAAUACCUUUCUAAGGGUAUCGAUCCCCCGAUUAUUAUAUUCGUCAACCAAAAGAAAGGAGCAGACGUUCUUGCUAAAGGUUUGGAGAAACUUGGCUACAAUGCUUGUACCCUUCACGGUGGUAAAGGUCAAGAACAGAGAGAAUAUGCUUUGGCCAGUUUGAAAUCUGGCGCCAAAGACAUUCUAGUGGCGACAGAUGUCGCCGGAAGAGGUAUCGACAUCAAAGACGUGUCUGUGGUCAUUAAUUAUGACAUGGCUAAGACAAUUGAAGAUUACACGCAUCGUAUUGGUCGUACGGGUCGUGCAGGCAAGACUGGUAUCGCUGUCAGUUUCUGUACCAACGAAGAUUCGGCACUUUUCUACGAUUUGAAGCAAAUGUUAUUGGCUUCGCCUGUAUCAACUUGUCCACCGGAACUAAUGAACCACUCCGAAUGCCAGGCGAAACCAAAUGCUCCAAAACGGCGCAGAGAUGAAAUGAUUUUCGCGUAGAUAUCGAGAUAUAAAAAAAAUAUUUACUUAUAAGUUUAUUGUGUAUUGUCUAGAAAUAAAUACAUUUUAUUAAAGACGUUUUUA